CCAUGAUGAAGCUAAGAAAUGUUGUGGGUAUUCGGAUUCGCAUUGUUGAUAGGAAAUCUUGCGAUCGUCCUCCAUUGAAUUGUCGAACAAGAUCUCGCUUCGAGGACGACCGAGGUACGUUCGCAAUAUCAUUGGUUGUUUAGAGAAGAACGUUUGACUUAAUUGUCUAUCGCCAUUACAGCAAUCACGAUCACCAAAUAGUAGAAGCAUGAGGUUAAGAACCACUGGCGAAGGCAGAAGCCAGCAGUUGGACAACUACUACUCCUACUUACACUUUAUUUUGUAGUAAAUACAUCGCCCUGAAGAUGGUGUUGGACGCUGAGAGCAUGAUGCCUCCGCGGCCGGAUUGGCUGCCAACGGAGCAUAUCCGCCAACUCCCGCAACAAUGGGCGCAGCGGAUGACCCGGUCGAACGCGGGUCAAAAUUGCAUGAUGACUGAGGCCUUCAGUUGGCCACCGUGUCCGCCGAAUUCCGACAACUGUGCCAAGCAAUUGUGGCUAUUGCAAUUUUUGAAACAAAAGCUCUCGAAGAGCAUGCAGGACUUAGACCAAAGCAAACUAGGACUGCGCAUUGCGCAAGACACGUAUUCGAAAGCAUUGUCGUAUCUGCCGAAAAUGGAUUCGGAUAACCUUAGAGGGGGUGAAUUGGUCACAGGAGAAGGAAAUCGAGGUGAAGUUCUGGCGACUCACAAUAUUCACAAUCUGAACGAACGAGUGUGGGACACGGCGCCAUUGAAGUACUUCAUAUAAAUAUUUUUUGCUUGGUCGUGAUGGUGCAGGUCUAGUUCAUUUAAUAGUUGUUCUUGAUGACAUUUUGGGGUAGUUGCUCAUGUUCUUGAAUCAUGAAGAUCAUGAAGCUGAGAAGCUUCAUUUUUAUGAUUGAUGCUUAUAAGGUUAUUAACGUUAGCAGGAACAUCAAGCGCAUUCAUUUUCACUACACAGGUUCGGUCACUAUCGUCCUGGAGCAAUGCAGAAUGCUUGGAACACCAGUGAGGAUUUUAUGAAGGAGCUGGAUCGUCAGCGCGAGUAUGCCCGUAUACCCUCUCGCGCGUGGGGUCAAAAUGCCGAAGCCAUCAUGCAGCCACGUCGUGGCGCGAAUCGCUUCGUAAUGCAAGGUCCGCCAGUACACGUCUUGUCCGACAACCCGUAUCGCUAUCCGCAUCCUUUCGGAGAAAAGAGAAUGGGUCUAGUCCCAGACCUUGGCCCGGGAAGCAACCCUUCCCUGAGAGGAGGGUUCAUGUGAGGACGAAUCGACCUUUUUUGCGACGACGAGUAGAUGCGCCUCCAUUCCAUUUUCGUUCUUAGGCGGGGUAUUCAUCUUGCAGGGGGCUUCUUGCGGACGAACCGCGUCGAAACGCCACUCCCUGACGGGGACGACUACUUACGCCAAGAGCGUGCCUGCUCUCACGAGCUCCAUGAAUGCGGACGAGCGCUGCGGUUCUCACUCGAUCUAUCGAAUAAUUUCGACAAGGAACGCCAUGGAGGAGCGAGUUGCGCCACCGAGGUUACACCUCUCGAUUUCGAGCAAGAGACACCGAUCAUAUACGAAAAGGCGGUUCCGACGCAGAUGGCAGCAACAGAAUAGCGACGCAGAUGGCAGCAGCAGAAUCGCGACGCAGGUGGCGCAGUGCGUGUACGCGCUAGAUCGCGAGUAAUCAUCGCGCUCGCUGGAAAGUAAUUAUAGAAGUGGUCGAGGACGAAAGACUAAGUACAAAGAUGUGAUGAACUCAUUGGCGGGUGAAUGUAUCGUGCAUUUGUUCAUACAGAUGUUUGUGAUCAACAUCACGCUAUUGGAGAAUUACUGUGAGGUGUAAGCGUAGACAUCACAUGCCUCUCAAGUAGUUCUUCUGCGUUCUUGUUCAUGAUCGUUAUCGAACUCGCAUUUUAAAGAUUUCUUCGCGACUAAGAAUGAAGUCAACGCUACUUGUUCGAUUACAUCGUACUAAUAUCGUAUGCCUCGUUCUUGUAAACUACUACUUAGUUGUUUCUUAUUCUUCGUUUCGUCAUCCUGAAGAUUAUCGCAGAGGCACACAUUUCCUACACUAAUGCAACUAAGAUGUUAAUGUUUAUUUGGUCAAAAUUAUGAAUAACGGACCUCCAUCAUGAUACGCAGGCACAAUGUUAGUAUCGUUUGACGAUGCAAAUCAUCUUCUCUCUC